CGCCACGCUAGUGAAAAAACGAAAAAAUUGCACUUUAAUUUAGAAAUAAACCGAAAUAAAAGUUCGUAAGUGGUUUUACGACUUGCGCUGCGCAUCCCACAACAUUUUGAUUUCUUCAAACGAGCUAGACACCGACGAGGAGACUUUUUCACUUGGAUUACACCGCGCCAGCAGCGGAAGGGGAAGGGAAAGAAGAAGAAAAUUUAACAUGGCCGAGGACUUUGAUGUUGAGGCAAUGCUCGAGGCGCCGUACCAGAAAAACAGUGUCAGUGCGGGCAGCGGUGGACGUGGAGGACGCGGGCGCAGCGAUGGCAGUGAUGACAGUCCCAGAGGCGGCGGGGGUGGUCCGCAGGCGGAGAUCAACGAUGGUCAUGCACACAAUGGAACACGCAACGGCGGCAGCAGCGGUGGCGGAGGCGCCAGUUCAAACAAAAAGCCAACGAAACGAUCUCGCAGUCGCAGCGGUUCGCGUGAUAACAAAUCGAGAAGAGAGCGUGGAGAUCGUGGCGAUCGCGGUGGUGAUCGCAGCAGUUAUCGCGACAAGGAGAAAGAUAGAGAGCGGGAUCGCCAUCGUGAUGCUGGCAAACGUCCUGGCAACGAUCGGGAACGAGACAAGCAGGAGAGAUCACGUCGCAGUCGAUCAAGAGAAGAGCGCGGCGGCGGCGGAGGAGGAGGAGGAGGAACAGGAGGCGCUGCCGAUGAUCGUCGUGUACGCUAUAAUGAUCGCGGCGAGAGAGAUCGCCGCUCUCGGGAUCGUCGAGAUGGCAGUAAGCCCAUACAGCGCGAUCGAUCCAGGGACAGGCGUCGACGCAGUCGCUCACGUGAACAGCCGCGCAAGCGACUGAGUCCAGUACGUGAACGCAAGCGUAGUCCUUCGCGACCAAGAGAUAAAACUACUCGUCGUCGUGGCAGCUACUCACCCCGCCGGCGAUCACAACCAAAUGGCGGCGGCGGCGGUGGUGGCGGCGAUCGUACACCGCCCACCGAGCUGAGUCCCGAGGAGCGGGAUGCUCGCACUGUGUUCUGCAUUCAGCUGUCGCAACGUGUUCGGGCCCGUGAUCUGGAGGAGUUCUUCUCCAGCGUGGGCAAGGUGCGCGAUGUGCGUCUGAUUACGUGCAACAAGACGAAACGAUUCAAGGGGAUUGCCUACAUCGAGUUUGAGGAUCCCGAAUCGGUGGCCCUCGCUCUGGGCUUGUCCGGCCAGCGGCUGCUCGGCGUACCCAUUAUGGUGCAGCACACGCAGGCCGAGAAGAAUCGCCUACAGAAUGCAACGCCUGCAUUCCAGCCCAAGAGCCACGUGGGUCCGAUGCGCCUGUACGUGGGAUCGCUGCACUUUGAUAUCACCGAGGAAAUGCUGAGGGGGAUAUUCGAACCAUUUGGCAAGAUCGAUGCUAUUCAACUGAUCAUGGACACGGAGACAAAUCGCUCUAAGGGAUACGGAUUUAUUACGUACCACAAUGCUGAAGAUGCCAAAAAGGCUUUGGAACAAUUGAAUGGCUUCGAGCUCGCUGGACGUCCCAUGAAGGUGGGAAAUGUGACCGAACGUCUGGAUAUGAACACCACCUCUUUGGACACGGAUGAGAUGGAUCGCACUGGCAUUGAUCUCGGCGCCACAGGACGACUCCAAUUGAUGUUCAAGCUGGCGGAGGGAGCGGGUCUUGCAGUGCCCCAGGCGGCGGCCAAUGCGCUGUUGGCCACAGCACCGCAACCGGCACCGGUGCAGCAGCAGCAGGCGACACCAUCGAUAGCCACACAGUGCUUCAUACUGUCGAAUAUGUUUGAUCCGCGCACGGAGACGAAUCCCACCUGGGACGUAGAGAUACGCGACGAUGUGCUGGAGGAGUGCGCCAAGCAUGGCGGUGUGCUGCACAUCCAUGUGGACACCGCCUCGCCCACGGGCACCGUAUACGUAAAGUGUCCGAGCACAACGACGGCGGUGCUGGCGGUGAAUGCGCUGCACGGCCGGUGGUUUGCCGGACGCGUCAUUACGGCCGCAUACGUGCCCGUGGUCAACUAUCACUCAAUGUUUCCGGAUUCAGUGGGCACCUCCGAAUUGGUGGCACUGACGCGCAAGAACACCGACGACGAUUGAUGAGAGUAGAAGAACGAAUGGAUGGUUUUUUCUUCGAUGUGGAUGCAACACGCUCGCGGUAUAUUGUUAU